AUGUCGGACAUACGACCAACCGUUGAGAUCAAAGUUCCUGCCACAUCGGCCAACAUUGGCCCCGGAUUUGACGUCGUCGGUCUCUCACUGUCCCUAUACCUCACACUCACCGUCAAAUUUGGCUCGCCAUCCUCGGAGCCUUUCACGAUCACUUACUCCGGUGAAGGCGCAGACGAGGUCCCCCUUAAUCCAUACCAAAACCUCCUAACCCGUGUUGCGCUCUACGUUCUCCGAUGCAACAAUCAAAGCUCAUUCCCGGCGGACCUUGUCAGUAUCCAUGCUGACAAUCAGAUCCCGUUCGGCCGUGGACUCGGCUCGUCUGGCGCAGCAGUCAUUGCCGGCGUCCUUCUUGGAAACGUUCUUGGAAAACUCAACCUCACGAACGAACGAUUACUGGACUACGCACUCAUGAUCGAGCGCCAUCCAGACAACGUCACCGCGGCACUUGUCGGCGGAUUCGUCGGGUCAUAUCUAAGGGAGCUUGAUUCAGCCGCAACGGUGGCAUCGCAAGUCCCUCUCUCCGAAGUCUUACCCGAGUACCCUCCUGACGCAGGUGAAGAUUGGGGAUUGUCUCCCCCACUCCCUCCAGUGGGCAUUGGCCACUACGUAAAGUUCAGUUGGAACCCUAGCAUCAAGGCUGUCGCAAUUAUACCUCGGUUUGAGCUCAGUACUGCAAAGGCGAGAGAGGCGUUGCCAAUGCAGUAUUCCAGAAAAGACUUGGUUUUCAACAUGCAACGUCUGGCUGUACUGUCAACAGCGUUAGGGCAGUCACCACCAGACCCAGAACUAAUAUACGAGGCGAUGAAAGAUCGCGUCCACCAACCGUACCGAAAAGCAUUGAUUCCCGGACUGCCUGCAGUGACUUCAUUGAUCACUCCCGAGUCACACCCUGGCUUGCUUGGGAUUUGUUUAUCAGGGGCUGGCCCGACGAUCCUGGCGCUGGCAACUCAGAAUUUCAUGGCUAUCGCAGAAUCUGCAAGCGAAAUUUUUGCGGAAGAGAAUAUACAAGUCGACUGGAAACUCCUUGAGGUAGUCGGGGGAAGUGAGGUCAAGGGGGUCUAA